AUGGAGCUUCAUGAGCACGACAACUUAUCCGGCGGACGGCGCGUCAUAAAAAUACUAAAACUGCUGGGCCUUUGGCAUUACGGUGGUGCUAUGAGAACUCCUUACUUACUUUACUCCGGCCUAUUGCACUCCGUGUUCUCCAUACCGUAUACCACAAUGAUGUGCAUGGACGUGGUGCAGGCAUCGGAUUUGGAGAAAUUCACCUACACCAUGUAUAUGACGCUCACCGAGUUGGGUAUGGUCGUGAAACUGGUGAACGUUUGGUUUUACUCCAGAUUAUUGGUAGACUUCUUUGCGGCUUUUACACACGAUAAGCUGUACCAGCUGCAGGACGCCGAAGAGCAGCAGAGUUGGCAACGCACGCAAAAAAAUUACAGCCGCGUAGCUUUCCUGUACUUCACGAUCAGUUUGAGCACUUUGGCCACAGCCUUUGUUGGUGUACUCUACAGUGACGAGUAUGAGUUGCCAUUCCCAUAUGCACCACCGUUCGAUUGGCGCACACCGCGCGGCUAUUGGUACGCUUAUUGCUACGAGUUGCUGGCAAUGCCAAUCAGUUGUCUGUCGAAUUGUGCCUUCGAUAUGAUACAGUGUUAUAUGUUGUUGCAAUUGUCGCUGUGUUUCAAAGUGAUUUCCGCACGCUUGGAGCGUAUGGGUGCUUUGCGAGAAGGUAGUACAACGCAUGGCUUUAGCGAAGUUAGGUUUCAUCGCGACUUUGUCGACAUAGUGCGUUUGCAUGCGCGCACAAAGUUACUCUCCCAGCAAUGCCAGACUUAUAUAUCGUUUCCUUUUCUCAUACAAAUUAUUUGUUCGUCUUUCGUGCUCUGCUUCAGCGCUUAUCGGCUACAGAAGGCAAAUUUAAUAAUGGUUUUGCAAAUUUUCAUACCCUGCUAUUGCGGCAACAAUAUCAUCGAAUAUUCUAGUGGUUUAAAUAAUGCCACCUACAAUGCGGAGUGGUUUCGUUGCUCGCCGAGGAUGCGCAAAUAUUUGGUGAUUUAUAUGGAAAUGUUACAGCGUCCGGUGCGUGUGCGCGCUGGUGACUUUUUUGACAUCAGCUUGACCAUUUUCGCCAAGGUUUGA